GUGACCUCACCAACAUGGCGGCGCCCAUCAGCAGCUACAGCUGGUUCGCUUCCGUUUCGAGAAAAGUGGGAAGUUUACUAUUUAAUUCGGUUUGCAUUGCGCAGGCAGCGACGUGCAGUGCCAAAAUGGACUCUGUGGGGCCAACCAAGCUGGAGUUUGCAGUGCAGAUGACAUGUGAGAGCUGCGCAGUUAAAGUCAGAGCUGCUCUGGAGGGAAAACCAGGAGUGACGUCUGUCAGUGUGGAUGUGGGUAAGGAGGAGGUGUUGGUGGAUUCCACUCUCACCACUGCAGAGGUGCAGGCUCUGAUCGAGAGCACCGGACGCAGAGCCGUGCUGAAAGGCAUGGGAGGAUCAGAGCAAGACCUGGGUUCAGCGGUGGCCAUGCUGGCGGGCGGGGGGAGGAUCCAGGGGGUGGUGCGCUUCCUGCAGCUGUCGGAGCAGCAGUGCCUGAUCGAUGGGACCAUUGAUGGGCUGGAGCCCGGACCCCACGGCCUCCACGUCCACACCCUGGGGGACCUGACCCAGGACUGCCUCAGUUGUGGAGAGCACUAUAACCCCUUUGGAAGACAACACGGCGGUCCAGGGGAUUCUGAAAGGCAUGUCGGUGAUCUGGGAAAUAUUGUCGCAGGACCAGAUGGCAGGGCUUCAUUUAGACAAGAGGACAGUCAGAUAAAGGUGUGGGAUGUGAUUGGCCGGUCGCUGGUGGUCGAUGCGGGGGAGGAUGACCUGGGUCGGGGCGAUCACCCUGUCUCCAAACAGACCGGGACCUCUGGGAAAAGACUGGCCUGUGGGAUCAUCGCCCGAUCAGCAGGUCUUUUCCAAAAUGCAAAACAGAUUUGUGCGUGUGACGGGGUCACGCUGUGGGAGGAGAGAGACCGGCCCAUCGCAGGGAAAGGCCGGAGCAAAGCCAGCACAGAGACCCCCGCUGCACACCUCUGAACCUGAGACACAAACACCGAUCAUAUCUCUAACCUGUGGACAGUAAAGGGCACAUCGGAAAGAAAUGCAGAGGACAUUUGCUGACAGAGGGUCAAAGCUGAAGCGAGGAAAACAAAGAGUACUUAGGAAAACGUCUACACACAGCUGGACGGACGACCAAAGAUAAAAUGCCUUAGUUUCAUGAUUUCUUUCUUUGUGUCAAAA